GUGGGCUGAGAGGCCGGGACGCAGUUCCGCUCUCGGGGAGAGGGGCAGAGCCUGGUGGGACAGAGGCCGAAGAAGGCUGCUCUCACGCGGGGUAUCGCACCAAUCCGUUUCCAGAAAUGUCUAAUGCAAGAGAGAAGAAACGUGCCAAGAAAAUGAGAAAUCAGCCUGCCAGUGUCACCUUAUCUUCUGAUUGUGGACCAUGUCCUAGUGGAAUACAGCACCAUAAUGGGGGAAGUAGAUCUUUUCAAACUCCAAAACAAGCAGAUCUCCAUCCUGAUAAUUCACAGGAGUUUCAGCAGCAGAGACAUCAACAUCAGUCUCCUGGACCUUCAUACAGGAAAGAACAGUAUUUUUCUAAGGGGCAAAGUAGAGGAAGAGGAGGCUGGAGAGGAGGACACCAAAAUGUUUCUCAAGAAAUGCCUAAAUACGUAACAGCAUCUACCUUUGCUCAAGCCCGUGCUGCUGAAAUCAAUGCUAUGUUGAAGGCAGUUACACAGAAAUCUUCCAAUUCGUUAGUUUUUCAGACUCUGCCUAGGCACAUGCGAAGACGAGCCAUGAGUCACAAUAUUAAGCGCCUACCUAGACGGCUCCGUGAGAUUGCCAGAAAAGAGGCAGAGAAAGCUGUGCAUCAGAAAAAAGAGCAUUCAAAGAACAAGUGCCGAAAAGCUCGAAGGCGUCACGUAAACCUGGUGGUGGAGUUUAAUCGCAGGCAGAAGAAGAAUAUUUGGUUGGAAACACAUAUUUGGCAUGCAAAGAGAUUUCAUAUGGUGAAGAAAUGGGGAUAUUGCUUAGGAGACAGACCCACAACUAAGAGCUAUAGGGCUUGCUACCGAGCCAUGACAAAACACUGCCUUCUUCAGGAUUUAUCAUAUUACUGUUGCCUGGAGCUGAAUGGAAAAGAGGAAGAGCUUCUGAAGGUGCUUGCUCGGAUGUGUAGUAUAGAUACAGGACCAACUUUUGCAGCUGUGCCUUGUCUGUCUGGAAGGCUCCAGGGCUCUCUGGUCCUUUACCGUGCAGAUCGCUACCCUGAGGAUUUGCUUGGUCCUAUUACUUUCAUUUGGAAACCCAAGGAUGGGUCUGGUAUUACUUCUGAAACUAGACAGCUGUGGAUCUGGACACAUCCAUCCCUUAAGCAGGACAUACUGACUGAGCUAAAAACAGUCUUUCAGUGUUCAGAGCCUGUAGAAACCUGUUCCCCUGAACCAAUUGUCACAUUGCUUCAAGAAGAAAAACAAACAGAUGUAGCUAUGAUUGUUGGCAAGAAAAGGAAGAGGGAAGACAAUGAAGGAGAAAAAGCUGUGCCAGUGAAAAAAAUCAUUGGUGAUGGAACCAGAGUUCCACUUCAGCCAUACUGUUGGACAUCACAGACUACUGGCGUUGUGAUCAGUGAUUUGACCAUGGAGAUUCUCCGAUAUCGGUUGAUUGGCCCGCUCUCGCACUGUGUCCUUACAGAAGCACUGAAAACUGCUUCUAUUCAAACUGAGAUGGCAGAUGCAGAAACAGAACUUAACAACUGGUGGGUAGAAAACUGCAAGAAUUCUGAGAAGGUGUCUCUUCAUCAACGUCAAGAAGCCAUCUUCGAGUUGUUGCAAGGCAUAAGCUCUCCAUCAGAAAUUGCAGCAGGUACAAUACUGGGCCUGACUGUUGGGGAUCCUCGAGUGAAUUUGCCAAAAAAGAGGUCAAAAGCCAUGCCAAAUCCAGAAAAAUAUCAAGAUAAUGAGAAAGUUAGGCAGCUGCUUCUGGAAGGUGUGCCUGUGGAAUGUGCUCACAGCUUUAUCUGGGACCAGACUAUCUGUAAGAACGUUACUGAAAAUAAAAUCUCAGAGCAGGAUUUAAACCAUAUGAGAGGUGAACUAUUGGUACCUGGCUCACAGCUUGACUUGGGUCCUUGUGAAUCCAAGAUUCCUAUACUCUUGGUUCAGCAGCCAGGGAAAGUGGCUGGUGAAGAUCGACCAGGAUGGGGAAGUGGCUGGGAUAUCUAUCUCCCAAAGGGCUGGGGCAUGGCUUUCUGGAUUCCUUUCGUAUAUCGAGGUGCACGAGUAGGCGGCUUGCAAGAGGGUAUGAAACAUUCCGAAUAUAAAAGAACACCUCACAUUCCAAAUGACUUCCCAGACUGUCCUGCUGGAAUCCAGUUUGCCAAAGAACUAGAAAACGUUCUUCUUGAAAAAUUCAAGAGACGCCCACCUGCAAAAAGGGCAAACUAUGUCAAACUUGGCACCCUGGCACCUUUCCUCUGCCCAUGGGGGCAACUAACCAGGGACUGGGAAGUAAGAACCAAAGCUCAGGAAGAAUCUGUGGUUACUUCAUCUGCAGACAGUAAGAGCAGUGCACCUGAAAGACAGGUUCCUUGUGAGCCCAAACCUGGACUGAUUAUAGAGGAUUCUCCGGGUGACAUGAUGGAAGAAAUGGCAAAGAUUCAAAAUUUAUGCAAAGAAGAUGGAGCUGCAACAAGUAGUGGCUUCUUUGUUCUCAGGAACAGAAAACUAUUAAAGCAGUUAUCAGCGAGGUGCCGGCCUACCUGUGGAAAAGGUCAGAGAGUACGCCCUGCUUCAAAACUUGGACAGAAGGAAAUGACUGAAGAUGCCCUCUUAUCGAUCUUUAAGUGCUACCCAAGGGUGCUGGUGUGGGUCAGCUUGUCUCUGCUAAGAAAGGGUAGCCCUGAAUUACAUGCCAUGAUAUGCAUUCCAACACAGGAGGAUUUUCUACAGCUUAACAAAGACCAGCUCUUCUGUGGUCCUCAAGAGCCCAAACACAGCGACAUAUUCAAACACAAGAUACUGAAACUAAAAGAGAGAAAAAAGAAAAAGAACAAUGGGAAUGCUCUAGAAAGUGGUGCUUCUGAUGCCCUGGAGGCAAAGGCAGUUGAGGAGCCUAAAGAACUAAUACUUGGCUUAUGGCCUGACCCUCUACCAGAUGUUACUUCACAUUGCUCUAGAAUUCUUUUAGGGUUUGUCACUCAAGGGGAUUUUUCAUUAGCUGCUGGCUGUGGAGAAGCACUGGGAUUUGUUAAUUUGACAGGAUUACUACAUAUGUUAUCCAGUCAACCAACCGAUAAAAAAGGGCUUGUUUUGUUAAGAACUCCAGCAUCUCUGCAGUACAGAUUUGCUAGACUUAAUAUUGAGGUAUAAGCAUCAUAUUUGUAAUGAAAUAAUGUACAGAUAUUACCAAAGAAAUUAUUCCUUCGAAUCUCAAGAAAUGCUUGUGUACCCCAUGUCAGCAAUGGGCAGUUUAUUUUCCAUCAAACUAAUCUGUUAAUGAACUAAGCUGUUGAUCAUUUAUAAUGUUUGUAUAGCUCAAAUGUUUUAUUUUCUUCUGAAUGUCUAUAUCAGUUUCUGUUUUAAAACAUACGUUGGCUUUUGCAUCCAGAAACACUUUCUUUAUGCUGAUACUGUUUUUCUAAUGGGCAUACUAUUUUUUUGUUGUUGUUCCAAUGUAGUUGAAGCCAACGAUAUCAAAGAUCUUUUUCACUUUUACAGUGUUUCCACUUCAAAAGACUUCUGGUCAUAUGGCUGCUGGACUCUGAUUACAGUUCAUGCUUCUGGUAAAUGCAUGCCAUCUGGGCCUGUGUAUAUAGCAAUCAGUUUUUCAGGGCCCACUCAGUCUUGCAGCUGAGCAGGUCUGGCUGCUGCAGAGUAAAGUUCUGUAACCACUUCUAGCCUAGACAGUGUAGAUGACUUGUUUUCAUUGAAACAAUUCAGUGCUUAAAUGGAACAUAAAUAAUAACUUUCUACAUUUAAAGGCUGUGAAACACUGACUGCAGCAUGUGUUGGAACCUGUAUCAUCCAAAGCGAUAACUUUUUUCUUUCUGGGCAGUGUGAACUUAUUAAAAAGGCAUUUUCUUUUCAGAAUAAAAAAUUUUUCAUUAUCAAGAAAAGUGGGUUUGGCCUACCGUGUGAAGAGAACUCUUUGGAAUCUCAACCAUGUUAUUUAAAGGUGCACUGAAAUGCUUUAAAUGAGACACUUAGGAUCCUACACUUAGUGUGAAGUAAUGCAAAUUAGUGGUUACUGCUCAAGAAAGAGAUGUUGACAUUGUGGAUAGUUGUUUGAAAACACUUGUCCAAUGUGCAGUGUCAGUCAAAACAGCUAACAGUGUUAGGAACCAUUAGGAUAGGAAUAGAUAAGAAGACAGAAAAUAUAAUGCCACUCUAUAAAUCCAUGGUAUGCCCACACCUUGAAUACUGCAUGCAGUUCUAGUCACCCCAUCUAAAAAAAAAAAAAAUUAUUAGAAUUGGAAAAAGUACAGAGAUAGGCAACAACGAUUAGGGGUAUGGAACAGCUUUCAUAUGAGGAGAGAUUAAAAAGACGAACUGUUUAUCUUAGAAAAGAGAUGACAAGGGGAGUAUGAUAGAGGUCUAUAAAAUCAUGAAUGGUGUGGAGAAAGUGAAUUAAUGAAAUGUUAGUUACCCUUGCAUCUAACACAAGACCUAGGGGUCACCCAAAGAAAUUAAUAGGCAGCAGGUUUAAAAGAAACCUAAGGAAGUGUUUCUUCACACAACACACAGUCAACAUGUGGCACUCUGUGCCAGGAGAUAUUGUGAAGGCUGAAAAUAUAACAGAGUUAAAAAAAAAAAAAAAAAAAGAAUUAGAGAAGCUCAUUGAGAAUAGAUCUAUCUGUGACUAUUAGCCAAGAUGCUCAGGGGCACAAGCUCAUGGUCUGGGGUGUCUAAUUCUCUGACUGUGAGAAGCUGGGACUGGAUGACAGGAUGGAUAACUCACUCUUAAGCAUCUGGCCACUCUUGGAAGACAGGACCUUAGGCUAGAUGGACCAGUGGUCUGACCUAGUAUGACCACUAUAAAGAGAAUACAUGGGUUACACUUAAAAAUAAGUAAAUAUACUUUCAAACACUAGCUGAAAAUCAGUUUUUUACUCACCUGCCUAGAAGAGAGUUGUGUUUUUUCAUUUAACUUAUUUAACACCUUAAAUAGUUGAAGAGCUGCUCUAUGUGUAGGUGGUAUCAGCUGUUGCAGGAGAGAAAUAGAACCCUGAACUCAACUCUUGGAAGUUUAAAAAUAAUUCAGUUCAUCUUUAGCCCCAAUAACAAAUAAUUGUAUCUUAUACCUCUUUUCUUUUGCUAGUUUGGGAUUUCUGAUGGUUCCUUUUAAUGUGAAUUUAGUCUGUGAAAUGUGCUGGAACCUCCAGUUGUGCAUGGAAAGUUUGCAGUAUGAGCAUCACUAUACUCUUCAGCAUUUUUUAUAUAUAUAUAUAUAUACACACACACACACAAAACAUUUUUUAAGGCAUUACAGUUCACCUUUAAAAAUGACAGCCUUAAACUUCCAGCCAUUCUUGAGUUAAGGAGCUCCGACAAUUGUAAGAUAGACAAUCAUGUAGGAGUGUGCUAAUAAAAUUUGUAGAUGACACAAAGACGAGAUGUAUUGCCGAUAUGUAGGGCCAUCCCUAGGGGGAUGUGGGGUCCAGAGUGGAAUAGUGCAAGGUCAUGCACUUAGGGACUAAUGAAUUUUUGCUAUAAGCUGGGUAUGUAUCACUUGGGAACAA